GAAAAGGGAGCUUCCUUUUGGGGGGAGAUGGGGGUCCUCCUCCUCCGCUGGCCCCCCCUGAUCCUGGGGGCGGCUGCCCACCUGCUGCUGCUGCUCCUGGACUGCGCAUGCUCCACUUCUCACUCCCUGCGCUACUUUGAAACAGCCGUGUCUGAGCCUGGCCAGGGGCUGCCCCAGUUCAUUUCUGUGGGGUACGUGGAUGACCAGCAAUAUGUUCAGUAUGACAGUGACACCAAGGAGGCGCUACCUCUCGUUCCCUGGAUAAGGAAGGUGGAAAAGGAGGAUCCUCAGUACUGGCACACGGAGACUCAGAUAUAUCACGGUGCUGAGCUGGUGUUCAGGGGGAAUCUGCAGAAUCUUUUGAAUCGCUACAACCAGAGCGGAGGGAUCCACACCUAUCAGCUGAUGUACGGCUGUGAGCUGAGGUCAGACGGGUGCAAAGGAGGAUAUUUGCAAUACGGCUAUGACAGGAGGGACUUCAUUGCCUUUGACAAGGAGACCCUCACCUGGACGGCAGCUGAUACAGGGGCCCAAGUGAGCAAGAGGAAGUGGGAUUCUGACUUGGCUGGGAAUCAGUACCAGAAAGCCUACCUGGAGGAGGAGUGCAUUGUGUGGCUGCAGAAAUACCUGGACUAUGGGAAGGAGACUCUGCUGAGGACAGAGGCUCCGGUGGUGAAGGUGACCAGGAAGGCAGACUAUGACGGCCUGGAGACCCUCGUUUGCCAAGUCCACGGCUUCUACCCCAAGGAGAUUGAGGCCAACUGGGUGAAGGACGGGGAGGUCUGGCAGGAGGGCACCCUCCGAGGAUUGGUCGCCCCCAACUCGGACGGGACCUACUAUCUCUUGCUCAGUGUCCAGAUCGACCCCGAGGAGAGGGAGCGCUUCCGGUGCCGCGUGGAGCAUGACAGCCUGGAGAAGCCUCUGGACGUGGCCUGGGAGAAGGAGCCUGGUGAGAGACAGACAGACAGACAGACAGGAGGGGAAGGGGUGGGCUCUGGGAGGGGGAUUUCCACCCAACUCCUCAGAUGGGGAACCCCAGCUGGAUCCUGCCUGUGUCUCUGGAGGGAAGCAGAAUCUGUAGAUUUUGACAGAGAUGCAGCCUUUUCUGACAAGGGUCUCAUAGGCCUUAAACUCAAAUUGGAUGUUGUAGUCAAUCUGGGUCUCUUGGGAACCAUUCUGGGUGUCAUGGCUGCCAUCCUGCUGGUCUCUGGAAUCAUCGUCUUCAUCAUCCGCAGUAAACGGAGCAAGAAAUUAGCCUACAAAGCAGCCUCAAGCUCCAGUUCUCCAGCCUGGUUCAUGGAGCUCCACGUCCAGGACAACCAGCUGCCGUUCUCUGGGGCUCCUCCCUGGGCCUCCCAUGAUGCUCUGGGGCAAUGCCGCCAUCUGCUCGCAGAUUUCCGAUUGGCGGAAUAUUUCCCCCUCGCCCAAUACCUGGUUCCUCAGGCGGGGCAGAGAGCGGGUCUCAGAGCGGCGGAGGGAGGAGGAAACGGAGCUUCGUUUUGGGGGGAGAUGGGGGUCCUCCUCCUCCGCUGGCCCCCCCUGAUCCUGGGGGCGGCUGCCCACCUGCUGCUGCUCCUGGACUGCGCAGGCUCCACUUCUCACUCCCUGCGCUACUUCUACACAGCCGUGUCUGAGCCUGGCCGGGGGCUGCCCCAGUUCAUUUCUGUGGGGUACGUGGAUGACCAGCAAUUUGUUCAGUACGACAGCGACAGCAAGGAGAUGCUGCCUCGCAUCCCCUGGAUGAGGAAGGUGGAAAAGGAGGAUCCUCAGUACUGGCACACGCAGACUCAGAAAGCUCAGGGGCAUGAGCUGUGGUACAGGAGGAAUCUGCAGAAUCUGUGGAAUCGCUACAACCAGAGCGGAGGGAUCCACACCUAUCAGCUGAUGUACGGCUGUGAGCUGAGUUCAGACGGGCGCAAAGGAGGGCAUUACCAGUACGGCUACGAUGGGAGGGACUUCAUCGCCUUCGACAAGGAGACCCUCACCUGGACGGCAGCCGAGAUGGAGGCCGAAGUGACCAAGAGGAAGUGGGAUCCUAUCAUGGCCCUGAACCAGCGUGCAAAGCACUACCGAGGAGAAUGCAUUGAGUGGCUGCGGAGAUACCUGGACUAUGGGAAGGAGACUCUGCUGAGGACAGAGGCUCCGGUGGUGAAGGUGACCAGGAAGGCAGACUAUGACGGCCUGGAGACCCUCGUUUGCCAAGUCCACGGCUUCUACCCCCAGGAGAUUGAGGCCAACUGGGUGAAGGACGGGGAGGUCUGGCAGGAGGGCACCCUCCGAGGAUUGGUCGCCCCCAACUCGGACGGGACCUACUAUCUCUUCCUCAGUGUCCAUAUCGACCCCGAGGAGAGGGAGCGCUUCCGGUGCCGCGUGGAGCAUGACAGCCUGGAGAAGCCUCUGGACGUGGCCUGGGAGAAGGAGCCUGUCAACCUGGGGCUCAUUGUGGGUGUUGUGGCUGCUAUCCUGUUGGUCUCUGGGAUCUUUGGGAUCAUCAUCUUCUUCAUUCGCAGGAAAUCAGCCUAUGAAGAAACCCCAACAAAUGACCAGGGGUCCGCCAGCUCCGCCAGGGUUUCAUACCAGCCCGGUGUGUGAGAUGAGACCAGAAGGAGCCUGCCCAAGUUUGGCUGUGAAUUGCAGAGGCUCAGAGCCCCUCCUGUCCUUUAAUGCUGUUUAUGAUGUUCCUUAAUCCUGGCUCUCACCCAUCCAUUCUGACUCCAGGUGUAACUUGAAUUUGAGGGUAAUCAUGCUUUUCUGAUGGAUUAUGGCCAAUUUUGCUUUGCAGAAAUGUGCUUGUAUUAAUGAGAAAUCUUCCAGAUAUAUGCAACUAAAAGCUUUUAAAAUUAAUGAGGAGACUAAUGUCUCACAACAAAUGGAACUAAUCUGUACAAAACACAACUUGAAAUGAGACAUUGCACAUAUUUUUGUAAACUAAGAAAUCUUUAAUAGAAAUACAUUUUAAAAAUUAUAAUAUAAAAAGGGGAUGAGGAGAUUGACAACCACUUGCAGUGAUUUUGAUGGUAUCUCUUGGUUAUUUGUUGCUGUGGUUCCCUCCACAAGCCCUUCUCAAUCUUAUGUCACUCACUUUCCAUCCAAAUUGAAGGAAAGGCAACAUUUGAGAACUGUUUUAGGUGUAUUAUGCGUGAAAUAGGCUAAAUUGUUACUGCCGACCUGCCUCUUGGGCUGCCCAGCCUUUGGCUAAACCGAGGUCAUGUCAUGGAAUGUAUAAAAGCAGUCUAACUGCUCUGGCUGAGUGUUUUCAACCCACCUUCUGCAUGAGGAAGUGAAGAAACUGGCAGGGAGGGAUGGUUGGCAGGGAUACUUAGAUGCUCAGGAGUUGAAGCAGAAAGAGAAGGAACUGAGUGGCUGAAGACUAGAGAGGCUGUCAGAAUUGGAUCCGAUUCUAAUCUGGAAGCUUGCAAGUCUCCCUCAGAAGAUGAAGGACAGACAUUGGUCAUUGAUCUCGUAGAAGCCAAGGAGGACAUCAUCUCCAGUUACAACAUCUGGAUAUGGAGGGGUUUUGUCUGUGUUGACCAAGAGCCCAGAUGGGAGGGACGUCCACCACCAGCCCUCUUGGGUCACCUCCUGCAUCCCCAGAACCUCACUGUCCUGUCUGACUAGAUCCAGAGUGGUCCAGAGGUGACCUCUGCUGGAGUUGAGGCCUCUCUUCAAACAUCCUCAGGCAGAGCAGAGAAUGAGGAGCUCCAGGGGGCAUUCAGACCCUCCCUGUGGCAAUGGCAGCUGCUGAGGCAGUUUCCUCCAGACCCUCUUUCUGUCCCGAUACCUUCAAGGCUCCAGUUCUCCAUCCUGGUUCAUGGAGCUCAACGUCCAGGACAACCAGCUGCUGUUCUCUGGGGCUCCACCCUGGACCUCCCAUGAUGCCCUGGGGCAGUGAGUUGAGAAACAGGUAGAGGGGGAGGAAGAAGCAGUUGAAGGGGGAAAUGGACAAAGUGGGGAACUGAGAAAGAGGUAGAGAGGCUGAGGGGAUGGGGUGUAGCGACUCUCCUACAGGAGAUCAGAGGGACUGAUCCUGCUGACAGCCAAAGAGGAAGCCUAGAAGGAGACCUCCAGGGGCCGCAGGACUCUUCUUGCCGUACCCAAUGGAUUUGCUGCACCUUACUUUGAAGACACUGGAUGUAAUUAUUUUUUUUUACUUUUGUAAUAUAUGUUUGACUUAAAUAAAUAAGGGUGCGCCCCCUUUGUCUUUA